AUGCGUGUAAGCCUAUCUUGUGAUAGAUGCAGAACCUCCAAAGUAAAGUGCAUUCAUCCAGGUAUACCACCUUGUGCACGAUGUAAGAAAUCCGGCGUGAGAGACUGCUUUCUCACAGAACCACAUACCAAAUCUGGAACACAAGAUGUGAGAAUUACUGGGCAACGGACCAGGACGCCAGCUGCACUUCUCAGAUCCAGAGUAGCUCGAGCUCGUCGUGUAACAGGUCGUUCAGAUGCUCAGCCAUCACGGCAACUGCGUACCUCAACGCAUCAAGUUGUGGAUCCCCUGAGAGAAAGUUGCGAUGAAAAUCAGCUUUUACAGCUACCAGAUGGAAUAAUACUUAAAGCACUUAAUAUUUUUACGAAUAAGUUUCCCGAGCUUUCCAUACUCCAUGUGACCUUUUUCAUGGAUUAUUCUCGAAAGACGCGUAUUAAAGAGAGCACAGCGUUAUUAGCUGCUGCUCUCGGCGUUGUGAGAAUGCAAUGCUCGGAAUUUGAUGAGUCGUGGACUUCCAAGCUCCGGGAUCCAGAAACAUAUAUUAUGUAUGCCGAGAGUACGUUAACGCAAUUCAUCCUCGAUGCGCCAAAGAUAGAGGUAGUUCAAACUCUCCUCAUAAUCACUCUCUAUAACUGGGGCAAUCGACAUUUUCACAAAGCAUGGAUUUACUGUGGAAUGGCUAUUCGUAUAAUGCAAGCAUUGUGCAGCUCAGGAAAUGCCCCCUUUCCUAUUGAAAGCGGCCAAACCCUCGAUCCCAGACGCUCUGUAGCUCGAGCAGUGGAGACCAUGAAUUAUUGGUCUUGCUUCGUGUUGGAGCGUAUGGUCAGCUCAGGCACAUAUAACCCACCCAUGCUGCCCAUCUCGGAAAUGAUGAAUAUGCACGUCAAGCAUCCCUUGAGCGCUACUGAGUUUGCUUUUGGUGUAGAAAAAGGGAUUAUCUUCCAAGGGUUUAUAAAUUCUGUUGGCGACUGCGACAGCAGCACUCCUGGCACGGUUCUAGACAUAACUCGCAGCUUUGAGAUCAUCGUCGCUGGGUUUGAGAUUUGGUCUCAAAUCAUGAAGUUUGUUGCGCACGAUGGAAGGGGUGCACCAGGCAUGUGUGCUCAAGCCAACUGUCCAUGGACUCCCGGAUCUCCUUGGUCAAGUUCUAUGAAGCAGUUAGAGCAUUGGAGAGCCCGCCAGCACCCACGGCUCAACUAUCCAAACAAUAGAGUUGCUCUGCAUAUGACACUCGGAUAUGCCGAGUCUUUUACAUACCUGAACCUUCUUUAUUAUUCGAGUCUCAUUAUGCUUCACCGCGAAUAUUUUCCCUUUUUACCAACACCGGACACACUUCCGUGUGGGCCAGUCGACCCGCCACUACUAGAAGCUGAAGCACCGCAUGGAUGGUGGGAGCAAAGUGCGCAGCAGCUGUUCAACGCAUCUGAGCAAAUAGCAAGGCUUCUCAAUGAGGCAUCAGAAUGCGGAGCAAGCCUUUCAACCCCGUUUGUUGGAUAUUGCGCAUUCCUGGCCUGUCAUUUCAACUUGUACAUUUCUAUCUUUCCACGAAUGAAUCUGAAUCGUACUAGUGAACCUGAAAAACUCACAGACUUCUGUUUGGAUUAUCUGCGCGAUUUUCAACAUAAGUGGAAGUUGGGUGAAGCUUGGAUCAAAACUCUGCAAAAUCUUUCGGUUUUAUACCGGCGUGCAGUAACGAACCGCCAGAAGUAUCAAGGGGCUACUCGAUAUAACUUCAAUAUCCUGCAUCAAUCUAUUCACGAGUUUCGAGCGGUUGAUAGAUCAGCUCGACAGAUCCAAGAAAUGGAAAAUAUGGAGACGGCUAAUCAGGCACCGAUAUCAGCACAAAAGAUACAGGAUCGUAGUUUAGAGCCUGGCCAUGUUGAUGCUGACAAUUCUCUCUGCCAUCCACUUGCAAGUUUCGGUACCCAAGCUGAUGAACAAAGCUUGUGGCCCCAGUGGUGGUCAAACCUCGAGGAUAUUGACUUUGAAGAUUUCGAAAACAUGGCUACUACUCUCUUCUUGGAGCAAGAUCAGGCGGACUCUGCUUAUGAUAAAUAG